AGGAAGACAGGUAAGAGGGAGAUACAGGACCUGGGAGGAGACUAGAGUCCCAAGGUGCAGAAGUCCAUAGUUUCAGCUUGAAGCAGCCUGGGGCUACAGAUUAGCAUUUCAGAUGGCAGGGACAGCACGACAUGACCGAGAGAUGGCAAUCCAGUCCAAGAAAAAGCUCUCCACAACCACUGAUCCUAUUGAGAGACUGCGAUUGCAAUGCCUGGCCAGGGGUUCUGCAGGCAUCAAAGGACUUGGCAGAGUGUUUCGGAUUAUGGAUGACAAUAACAACCGAACCCUUGAUUUCAAAGAAUUUCUGAAAGGCUUAAAUGAUUACGCGGUGGUCAUGGAAAAAGAGGAGGCAGAAGAACUUUUCCGGAGAUUCGACAGAGAUGGAAAUGGAACAAUAGACUUCAAUGAGUUUCUUGUCAUGUUAAGACCCCCAAUGUCCAGAGCCAGAAAAGAGGUAAUCAUGAAAGCUUUUAGAAAGUUAGACAAAACAGGAGAUGGGGUUAUAACCAUCGAAGACCUUCGUGAAGUUUAUAACGCGAAACACCAUCCAAAGUAUCAAAAUGGGGAAUGGACGGAGGAACAAGUCUUCAGGAAGUUUCUGGAUAACUUUGACUCACCCUAUGAUAAAGAUGGGUUGGUCUCCGAAGAAGAUUUUGUGAAUUAUUAUGCAGGCGUCAGUGCUUCAAUUGACACAGACGCUUAUUUCGUUUUAAUGAUGAUGAAUUCUUGGAGAUUAUGAAUUUUGUUUAACAUCCUCUUGGAGGAAAUUGAGAGCUCUCAGAAAGCAGACUAUGGUCAUGAGGAGUCUGAUACUAUGGAUUUUAAUAAAAUGCAAACUAACUCUAGACAAAGGACUUCAGGCAACUAAGGACUGCUAAGAGAACUAGUCUUUCCAGCAAGGAGAGUUCUGAUCGGUUAUCUAAUGAAAUCAUAUAUCUUUAACAACAAAACUGGGCUUUGCAUUAAUGUAUUUGUAGAUCUAUUUAUUAUCUACCUAUAUGUCAUCUAUGUUUCUAUCUCAUCUAUAUCUAUCAUUUCUCUACCAUUUGUCUAUUACAAUAAUAAAGAAGAGUGCAAGUUUUAGAGGAGUUAGAGUGAGGUGAUAUGGGAGAGGUUGAAGGGAGAAAAGAAAAGGGGAAAAUGAUAUAUUUUACCAUAAAUAUAUUUUAAAAGAUAAAAUUAAAAUGUUUUUAAAAGUCUGGUGUUUUAAUUCCAAUAGAUCUUGUGUAAUCUUAAUAAGAACUCGAAUGUACUCAUUUCCACAAAUGCUGGAGAAUGAAAGGAAGGAAGAAACAAACUACAGGAGUCAUGAACUGAGAUUAGGAAGUGGUUUCUGUAUAAAAGUCACUUGUAUUGGAUAUUUCUGUUGUAGAGACAAAUAUAGAUGUCCCUCACA